UUUUCUUCCCCUCGCACAUAGUGUUAGCUAAUCGUUGGAUGCAGCGAGAGUGGGAAUCAAUGACCCAAACAAGGCACACACCGAUUACGUUUGCCAAGAUACAAAGAUCGCUCGUCCGAUUGUAAGUAUAAUUAUCAGCUUGCCUGUACAUAUACAUAUAUGUACGUAUACGUAUGAUUAUCAAAGGAGCCGAGAAGUUGAAUAAUGGCAGAUGAUCUUUGGGUACAGAUUAAAAUCCAAUUGACACUGAAUAAAUCUGCGUUGUGAGCGAGUGAACGAACAAACGAUAGUUGCUCUCUAUUUCUCUGUGGAAGUGAUAAAGUUUCAGUGUUGAAAAAAUGUGACGCGACCAUCACCGUGAUACAUAUUACACGGCAAAGCUGCAUAUAUUUAUCGAGGAUGCCGAACACCAACAACAACAGCAUAAUCGAUAUGCCGAGCAAGAAGGUGCAGGACACCGCGCCGUGUCAAAUAGACAUGGAGCCGCAGAGGCGCUUGAGCCCGAAAACGCCGUCGGUGGAGGAUUUACCGUCACCCAUGCUCACCACCACCAGAUCGACCAAGUCAACCCAAAUAGACGCGUCGACUUGGAGACUGGCCCACUCGGGUUACCACCAGAGGGCGAGGCCAAUGUCGGUGGGCCAGUUGUCCCGGCAGAGCCAGUACAGCGAGCUGAGCUACGCCAACUACGCCGUGAGCCCGAAUUACGCGUUCUCGGCGACCCAGAGCGAGAUCCUCCUGUCGCCGCGGAGCCGGCCACCGGUGAUCCCUGCAGGUGGUGGCCGUUACACCGCCGUCGACAUGGUCAAGGUCGUGCCGGGGUCCGGUUGCGGUGGAUGCUGUUGUAGCUGUGGCGCGGGGGCCUCGGUGGUACCCGGUGGACCGAGCGGUACUGGUGCCUCCGCUGGAAACCAAAGUAUCGAGGGACCCAAGCAUCCGCCCACCGAGGCCAUCUUGGACAACAAGCACUCCUACCAGCUGAAAAAACUCCACAUGAGCAGGGCCAAGCUCAAGGCCACGGCCACCACCUCCGAGCUGCUCAGUGGAUUCGCCAUGGUGGCGAUGGUGGAGCUGCAGAUAAACGAGCCAACGGCGGUGCCCGAGUGGCUGUUCGUCAUGUUCGCGGUGUGCACGACGGUCUUGGUGUCCGUGCACAUAUUCGCCCUGAUGAUAAGCACGUACCUCCUGCCGAACGUCGAGGCGAUCAGCAAACUCCAGUCGUCCCGGCUGAUAACCGAGUCGCCCCACGAGCGCAUGCGCGGCUUCAUCGAGCUCGCCUGGGCCUUUUCCACGGUCCUCGGGCUCUUCCUCUUCCUCGUCGAGAUAGCCAUCCUCAGUUGGGUCAAGUUCUGGGAUUACUCGUUCACCGCGGCAACGGCCAGUACCGUCAUCGUUAUACCCGUCCUCAUCGUCUUCAUCGCCUUCGCCGUGCACUUUUACCACUCGCUCGUCGUUUACAAGUGCGAGGCUUCGCUCACCGACAUGAGGGAGCUGGAGAACAUCAAGAGGAACCUCGACAACGCAUCCCUCGGUCAACGUACCGGAGUUUGA